UUUAUACGAAUUCCAUAUCUUUUAUAUAUUUUUUAAGCAGCCAAAAGUAGGGCUUCAUGACAGAAGAAAGGAAAAAAAUGGGCAGAGGCAAAAUUGAAAUAAAGAAGAUAGAAAAUUUGAACAGCAGGCAAGUUACCUUCUCCAAACGUCGGAGUGGAUUGAUUAAGAAAGCUAAAGAAUUAUCGGUACUCUGCGAUGCAGAAGUUGCUGUUAUAGUCUUCUCUAGCACAGGAAAGCUUUAUGAAUUUUCCAGCUCUAGCAUGGAACAAACUCUGUCAAGAUAUAGCAAAGGCCCGGAUUUGAUGUGUCCAGAACAUGCUUCAGAUUAUCCUGGAACGGAGCAAUCACAAUCAGAAGAAGUGACUGCACUCAAAGAUGAAGUCUCAAAACUACGCUUGACAUGUUUGCAGAUGAUGGGUCAACAACUUGAUGGGUUAAGCUUCAAAGAGUUGCAGCAGCUAGAACAUCAAUUAACUGAAGGAAGGAUAUCGGUUAAGGAAAAGAAGCAGGAAAAGGUUAUACUGGAGCAACUUAAGAAAUCAAGAUUGCAGGAGCAGAAGGCCAUUCAAGAGAAUGAAACAUUGCGUAAACAGGUUGAGGAGCUAAAACGAAGCUCAGCAAUGGCAAAGUCACAAUUUCAGGAAUUUAAUCCCUUGGAAAGGAGAUUUCCCCUUGCCAGUUUUAAAUCUGAUUGUUUUCCUCAAGGGGAGGAAGAAGAUUAUGGUGAUCUUUCAGAAACUUCAUUGCAUUUAGGAUUGUCGUACGAUGUUCAUCACAAGAGGAAAGCAGCUAAAAUCGAACCAAUUUGGAAUGAUUCAGCUGGGAGUCAAGUGGCUUCGGAAUGAUAUGAUGUUAAUAUUGAAAUAAGAGAACUUUUUUUUUUUUUUUUUUUU